CUUAUGUGGGAAGGAUUAAAGAGAAGAGGUGGACAUUCGACAGAAUCUUCACCAGCAUAAAAGAGAGCACACAGAAAACAGAACUUCAGUCCUGCUCCGGAGCUUGACUCAUUGAGUGGUAUGUGUUGUUGCCUGCGAACACAUUAAACUCAGUUGCACUCGAUUCUACGUGUCUCCAGUGAUUCCUUGACUGCUGAGUAUUUGGUUUUAAAGAUACUUAUUUUGGACAAGAGCAAAAGUAGUCUAAAAGUUGAAGACGAGGUCGGGACCCACCAGGCCCAAUUCCAGGCCCCAAAUUCUGCUUCAUCAAUAACCUGGAAAAGGCAGUAGUGUCAGCUGGGAAUGGCGGUGUACUCGUGGAGUGUUGUUUUGCCCAGGAUGUCUUCGAAGGCUCACAGUUCCAACAACAUCGCCCAUGCCCGGCGGACGGUGCAGCAGCUGAGAAUAGAGGCGAGCAUUGAGAGGAUAAAGGUAUCCAAGGCCUCUGCAGACCUUAUGAAUUACUGCAGUGAACAUGCCAGAAACGACCCUCUCCUUAUGGGCAUCCCCGCCUCAGACAAUCCCUUCAAGGACAAAAAACCCUGCACUAUAUUGUAGUGGAUGCCACUUAGCCUUUACCUGUU